GGCCUCCUGGCCCGGGUGAUUUACCUUCGCAGUGUUGCUUACCGUCCCUCGGCACACUGGGACUGGAGAGAACUAACAACAUCAUGUCAGGUCUGGCUUUAAUUUUCUGUCCCCGGGAGUGAGGGAGGCACACUCUCGCGGACGCGGGGAACGUAUUUCACAAUGAGAACGCACGGCAAGAUUUUAGCCAUCUUUCUGUGCGCCGCGCUCUCUGCGCUCGUGUAUUUCUACGCGGGGAACGCCGCGGACGAGCGGUCUUUAAAACAAGCCUGGGGAGGGUCUUCAGCCGCCCUGAAAGGGGGAAAUGCGGCGCCGGCGGAUUCUGCCAAAUCACCACAGCAAGCGGCACAAGGACAGCCGCGGUCAAACUGGCAAGGAAUAAAACUAUUAACACAGCCGACCAGCAUGCACGCAAAACCCAGGGUGAGGACUGAAUGGGGGCGGGCCUUGCCCAGAGGCCCCAUCAUCGGUGAGACGAUGCACCUGGCGGCGGUGGUCUGUGGGGACCGUGUAGAAGAGGCCUUCACCAUGCUCAAAUCUGCCCUGCUCUUCAGCCUCAAGAGAAUCAAGUUCCACAUCUUCACAGAGCAUGCCCUGGCCACAGUGUUUGAUAAAGGGCUGAAGAGAUGGCCCCGGUUUCUCUCGCCCAGGUUUCAGUACAGCAUAUACCCAAUCACAUUCUCCGCAGAGAAUGCUGAGGAGUGGAAGAACCUGUUCAAGCCAUGCGCCGCCCAGCGCCUCUUCCUCCCCGUUUUGCUGAAGGACGUGGAUUCGCUCCUGUACGUGGAUACAGAUGUGCUCUUCCUGCGGCCCAUGGACCACAUCUGGAGCAUCCUGAAGGACUUCAACAGCACCCAGCUGGCCGGCAUGGCUCCGGACCACGAGAUCCCCAAAACCGGCUGGUACAGCCGCUACGCGCGGCACCCAUUCUAUGGGGCGGCGGGGCUCAACUCCGGGGUGAUGCUGAUGAACCUGACCCGGAUCAGGGGCACACUGUUCAAGAGCAGCUUGAUUCCCACUGGUCUGUCAUGGGAGGACCUUCUUCAGCCGCUAUAUGAGAAGUACAAGGACCUCAUCGCCUGGGGCGACCAGGACCUCCUCAACAUCAUCUUCCACUACAACCCAGAGUACCUUUACACCUUUCCGUGCCAGUGGAACUACCGCCCGGAGCACUGCGCGUACGGUAGCAACUGCAAGGGCGCGGAGGAGGAAGGAGUCUCCAUCCUCCACGGCAUCCGCAGAGUUUACCAUGACGACAAGCAUCCCGCCUUCAAAGCCAUUUAUGAUGUGGUGCGCAAGUACCCCCUUGAAGACAACAUGGCACACGCCCUGUUUGAGCCGCUGCAGUCGAAGUUCCUGGACACAGUUAACACUCUGUGUGGCCGAGUACCCCAGAUCUUCCUCAAGCAGGUGGAGAAGACCAUGAGGACGAUGUUUGAACAGAGGCUGAUCGUACCCACUAAACCGCAACCUAAAUAAAAAAACCACACGCUCCGACAUCACAGGAAUACUGCUCUACCCUGACUCAAACGUCACCCCAAACCUUAUCCAAAACUUGACCCGAUCCAGACUCAAAAUCUGACCCAAGCUGGACCCACUCCUGAUCCAAGCCUGACCCAAACUUUACCCAAUACCUGACUGACCAAAACUAACUUGAGCCAGCUGCCUCCCCCCUUACCGGAUAACGCUGGCGAUUUAUUCAGUUUUGUUUAUAUAUUCCAUGAAAAGAAUAAUCCCAACUAGAAACCAUUAUUGUCCAUCAAGCCAUUGUUCUCUAAAAAUACAUGAAAACAUAUCAUAUACUUAAUGGGUCAAUUGCAGUGUACUUAGCUGAGGUUUAAAACUCAGGUUUAAGACCACAGAACUGCAUGUGAACUGGAGCAGCUAUCCAAUGCUGUGGAAUAAGGAUUAGAUAUUCCAACUGAAAGCACACAGCAACUGAUCCCACUGUUGCUUUGGUCAGCAUGAUUCAGCAAGUACAAAGAACCUAGUCUUUGUACUUUUAACUGAGACAGCUUCAUAAAUUUAAAAUGAUUGCUUUUUCAAUAUGUGAAAAGUAGUUCUGUUUCAGGUAGACUGACGGUAAGGAAGGCAAAGUGCAUGCUGGGUAAGCACAUACUCGGUGUGUACUAAUGCGCAUCCUUUUCAGUUACGUAAACAUCCAAAAUGCAGCUGGUGGCGAGUUGGCUACUGCAGUAUAUUAUGGCAGUCCAUUUUAACAUUUAAUAGCCUGACCGGAUUCACAUUACAGAUAUCUGUAAUUAAUUUGACUAGUAAGAUUGAAGUUACUUUUGCCAUUCAGUUGUAUGGAACCUCUGAUUAAAGAUAUCUACAAUUCAGAUUUGACUAUCAAACACAUGACUUAUCUUUAAUUCCUUGUGAUUUAAGUGAUCGUUUUUGAUAUCUGAAUCUAAGAUAUUAUUGGUCAAAACACAAUUGUAGAUAUCUUUUCAAAACUAAAAUGUCGAUAUCUUGAAUUUGAUACAAGUCCUUUUAAGAUAUAUAUAAAGAAGUUAUGGAUAUCUUUAAAGGAGACCGGUAUGUGUGACAAGUCGAAUAACAAUGUCUGUGAUGUCAUUAUAGACACCUUAAAAGGUCUUUUGAAUAGUCAAAAUAUAUUUGCAGAUAUCUUGAAUUAUCGUUUUUACUAGUCAGUUUAUAAUUACAUAUAUAUCCUUAUUAUCAUUCUGACUGGCCACAUUGUAAUUACGACUAGUCAAAAUGCAUUUGUAGAUAUCUAAAAUGUAAUUAUGGAUAGUCAAGCGAGGCUAUUAAAUGUUAAAAUGGCUUGCCAUAUAUUUACUGCCCACGAGUCAUGGCUUUCCUUGGUUUGCCGAUUCACUACCACAUCGAAUGUGUUUAAAUGCACGGGACCUACAUAAUGAAAAUAGUCCCCAUCUAAUGAACAAUUUGCUCCGUUUUGAAGUAAAUUUUGUGAUAAAAUAUGUUGCAUUUUUAAAAAAUGAAAAUAUGUCUUUCUGAGCUGUAUUUAAUGACUUCAGCGCACAACUAAAAUGAAUGGCUUCAUGGUUAUACGAUAAGUGGGUUAGGAAAAUGUCAAAAAGCACUUGGAGUUGGUAUUUUCAGUUUUGGUAUUUGCAAAGGAUAUGUUGACGAUACUGAAAAAAAUGAAGAUUACCUUGAAUGUACUGGCACUUUGGAGACAGUUCAUGUUAAAUGUCUGUUUUUUUGGUGAAAACUUGAAUAGGAUAAAUGUGAAUAGGAGGGGCUAAAGCACAGUGUAUGUGUGACCUGCCAUUGCCUCAGAGCUUACAAAAUGCGUUUCUAUAAUGCAUGUCUUUUCCAACAGCCGGCAUAAUUUUCCACUGCAUGCCACGUCAUUCUACAGAAACCAUUUCAUUCAUGUCUUUUCCAGAAGAAAAUUUAGCUGAACUACACUUUCCAAACUGAGCCAAACAGCAGAGUGCCUGUUCUACU